ACAACACACACUCAACAAUUCCAAAGGCUCGGAGAUUAGGAUGCCAGGAUUCACCAUGCGAGUAUGUUUUGCCAUUUGAAACACAAACUAUGAAAGAAGAGAAGGAAGAAAAAGUACAACUGGAAAAGGAGAUCUGACUUGUGGAGGGACUUCAGUCUGGGCUGUUAUUCGUGGAGGACUGGGAAAAUGAGGGCGUAUCCUCCCUGCCCUUAUAGUCUACAACUGAAGACACCUUUCAGGAGGCUGUGAGGGCUACUGAAGAUGUCCGAUAGUCUGGAUAUUGAAGAGAAACCUCCAGCCCCACCUUUGAGAAUGAACAGCAACAAUCGCGAUUCUUCAGCACUAAACCAUAGUUCAAAACCGCUCCCCAUGGCCCCUGAGGAGAAGAACAAGAAAGCCAGGCUUCGCUCUAUCUUCCCAGGAGGAGGGGAUAAAACCAACAAGAAGAAAGAGAAAGAACGUCCUGAGAUCUCUCUUCCUUCAGACUUUGAACAUACCAUUCAUGUGGGAUUUGAUGCUGUCACUGGAGAAUUUACACCAGAUCUCUAUGGCUCACAGAUGUGCACAGGGAAGCUCCCAGAGGGAAUUCCAGAGCAGUGGGCCAGGCUACUACAGACCUCCAACAUAACAAAACUGGAGCAGAAGAAGAACCCACAAGCUGUUUUAGAUGUUCUCAAAUUUUAUGAUUCCAAAGAAACAGUUAACAACCAGAAAUAUAUGAGCUUUACGUCAGGAGAUAAGAGCGCCCAUGGCUACAUAGAAGCCCAUCCUUCGAGCACAAAAACAGCAUCAGAACCCCCACUAGCUCCCUCUGUUUCUGAAGAAGAGGAUGAAGAUGAUGAAGAAGAGGAAGAUGAUAACGAACCUCCACCUGUUAUCGCACCACGGCCUGAACAUACAAAAUCAAUCUACACACGGUCUGUAAUUGAACCUGCUGCUGCACCAGCACCAGCUAAAGAAGCCACCACUCCCCAGCCUGAAAACUCCAGCACAAACACGUUGUACAGAAACACAGACCGGCAGCGAAAAAAAUCCAAGAUGACAGAUGAGGAGAUCCUAGAGAAACUGAGGAGCAUUGUGAGCGUGGGAGAUCCUAAGAAGAAGUACACUCGGUUUGAAAAAAUCGGCCAAGGUCCUAGGAGUGAGCUUGUACAAAGGUUCCUCAAGAACUGUUGGAAGGACAAGGGGCUAGGAUCUGGCCUAAAAGGGGCAUCGGGAACUGUUUAUACAGCCAUCGACAUUGCAACAGGACAAGAGGUGGCCAUAAAGCAAAUGAAUCUACAACAACAGCCCAAAAAGGAACUAAUUAUUAAUGAAAUCCUAGUCAUGAGGGAAAAUAAGAACCCCAAUAUUGUUAACUAUUUAGACAGCUACCUAGUUGGUGAUGAGCUCUGGGUGGUUAUGGAGUACUUGGCUGGAGGCUCUUUAACUGAUGUUGUUACAGAGACAUGCAUGGAUGAGGGACAGAUAGCUGCUGUCUGUAGGGAGUGCCUGCAAGCACUGGAUUUCCUUCAUUCAAACCAAGUGAUUCACAGAGACAUCAAAAGCGACAAUAUUCUUCUCGGAAUGGAUGGAUCUGUCAAAUUGACUGAUUUUGGCUUCUGUGCUCAGAUCACCCCUGAGCAGAGUAAGCGGAGCACAAUGGUCGGGACUCCUUACUGGAUGGCACCAGAAGUGGUGACAAGAAAAGCAUAUGGCCCCAAAGUGGACAUCUGGUCACUGGGGAUCAUGGCAAUAGAAAUGGUGGAAGGAGAACCUCCUUACCUUAAUGAAAAUCCUCUCAGGGCGCUGUAUCUGAUAGCUACGAACGGGACGCCAGAGCUGCAGAACCCCGAGCGACUCUCUGCUGUGUUCCGUGACUUCCUGAACUGCUGCCUGGAGAUGGACGUGGACAGACGAGGCUCUGCCAAGGAACUUCUGCAGCAUCCAUUUUUAAAACUAGCCAAGCCUCUCUCCAGCCUGACUCCUCUGAUCAUUGCAGCAAAGGAGGCGAUUAAGAACAGCAGCCGUUAGCGCUUCAGGCUGGCUUUCUCCCAGGCCAGCUCAGAGCAGGACUGAGAACAAAAACUCUGUAAAACCUCAACUCUUGUGCUGCAGGACAGAUGGAUGGAUGAACAAACCAGCGGUCACAGUCAUGGUGGUAGGAGGGAGAACAACUGGUCCCUCAAGGAGUAAAAAAGUUAUCAUUUGUCUUC